GCGCCCGCGCGGCGCGCCCGGCGGCUGAGGGUCCCAGGGCUGCGGGAAGCGCCCACGCUCAGUACUACGCCCGCGGCUCCUCACUCCAUCUGGGGUCAAGCCUGGGGAAGCGUGAAUUUUGACUUUUUUUUUUUCUUUACGGCGACUUCUGCGAGGACAAGAGGGGGCCCCUCUGAAAGCAGUCUGCAGCAGCUCCAGCCAGGGGCUUCCUAGGCGAGGUCUGGGGAAGCUGAGUCCACGGAGGGGCAGAGGAAGGCAAGGAGAAGAAAGAGAGGGAGGGAGGAUGGAAAGAAAGGAAAAGAAAGAGAAGAAGUAAAAAAGGGAAGAAAGCGAAAGAAAGAAGGAAAGAAAAAGAGACUAAAUGAGUUCUCUACUCAAGAUCAGGUUUUUAAGUAAAUGUUGUAUUUCAACUUCACUUUUUAAAAUUUUAAGGAUUUAGCCAUCACUGUUAAAAUCCACAAGUUGUUAAAAAUUUCCGGAGAGAGAGUGCAGCUCCCAGAGUGAAGGUUUAGAGAAGAGAAUGGGGAGUCCUGAAGAGUUUUGAUAAGCAAAUAGGGCUCCGCGCUCUCGGGCGGUCUCCAUUGGCUGUUCCCUCGCCGCCAGAUUUUGACACAAAUAAUCAGAUUGAAAAUCAGGGAGGGGAACAGAAGAGGAAAACACACACACACAUACACACACAGAGGGUGGGAAGAAAAAAAAAAAAAGGAGAAGUAUCUAUUUGUGCCGAGAGUCACGAAUUGACCGGGCGGCGCUGAUCCGCAGAGAGACGCAGCCAGGUUCUCCCCCGCGGACCGGGUCCGGACAGGUGUGGGGCACCUGCUGACAAUGCCACGCUCCUUCCUGGUGAAGAGCAAGAAGGCUCACACCUACCACCAGCCCCGUGCCCUGGAGGAUGAGCUGCUCUGGCCGCCGGCCCUUGGCCCUGUGGCCAGGGACCAGGUCCCGAGCACUAUCCCUGUCCUCAGCUCCCUGUUCCCAAACCAGCGCCUGGACUGGACGGACCUCAAGCGGGAGCCACAGCUGGAGCUGGAGCAGAGCCCGAUGACCCGGAUGUCCUCGGGCCCAGAAGGACCUGCUGUGACGUCCCGACCUCAGGAUGGGGACUCGCCCUCCUCCGACUCACCCCCGUUCUACAAGCCCAGCUUCUCCUGGGAUGCCCUGGCCUCCUCCUAUGGCCACAGCUACCGGCAGGCCCCCACCACCAUGCAGUCCGCCUUCCUAGAACGCUCCGUCAGCCUGUACGGCAGCCCUCUGGUGCCCAGCGCCGAGCCACCCUUGGACUUCAGCCUCCACUACUCCCCGGGCAUGGACGCGUACCACUGCAUCAAAUGCAGCAAGGUGUUCUCCACCCCCCACGGGCUGGAGGUGCACGCCCGCCGCUCUCACAGCGGGACCCGGCCCUUCGCCUGCGACGUCUGCGGGAAAACCUUCGGCCACUCUGUGAGCCUGGAGCAGCACACGCACGUCCACUCCCAGCCCUGCCUGAUGCCAAGAUCCCUUCUUCAGGAUCCCAUUCCAGGGAAAGCACCUGAUACUGCCCUGAGGGCUACCACCUGGGUAGAUCUGAAAGCUCAGGAGGAGAAACAGGCCGGGAUGGGGAUCCCGGCCGGGUCCAGUCCUCCGCCCAGCUUGGCAGCCCCGGGCCGCGAGGCCCCGCCUGACCCCCCGGGGCCUCGUUUCCUCCGGCAGGAGCGCAGCUUCGAGUGCCGGAUGUGCGGCAAGGCCUUCAAGCGCUCGUCCACCCUGUCCACGCACCUGCUCAUCCACUCGGACACGCGGCCCUACCCCUGCCAGUUCUGCGGCAAGCGCUUCCACCAGAAGUCCGACAUGAAAAAGCACACCUACAUCCACACCGGGGAGAAGCCACACAAGUGCCAGGUGUGCGGGAAGGCCUUCAGCCAGAGCUCCAACCUCAUCACCCACAGCCGGAAGCACACGGGCUUCAAGCCUUUCAGCUGUGAGCUGUGCGCCAAGGGCUUCCAGCGCAAAGUGGACCUGCGGCGGCACCGGGAGAGCCAGCACAACCUCAAGUGAGGCUGCCCUGAGCCCGGCUCCCCGCCGGCCUCGAGACCGUAUCACCUGGAAAGAGGCCAGUCUCACACACCCAGAUCCCCAGUCUCGUGGAGGCAGCCCUGGACAGGACUCAUCCAACUGGUUUUGAGACUCAAAUUGCUGUGUGACCUCAAGGAAGUCACCUUCCCUCUCUGGACCAACAUUUCCCCUGCCGCUGCAAAGGGGCAGCUGGGCCUUUUCCAAGCUGAUGCUGUCUGCAGGUCCGGGAGCUCAGAGCCUUCCCCUGUCAGAGCCCAGGAGGCCAGAGUAGCCCCAGGUGGGCCCAGAGAAAUCCUCCCCUAUUUGCUGCCCCCGGGGAUCGGGUCAGCUUGGCUUUCAGCAGGCCUCUUUCUGGGAGAUGGUCAGAGCCAUCUCCCGCCUCAGUGGGAGGCCUAGCACCCCUCUGCUUCAGCCGGCUGAUCCCCACUUCUGACGGGCACUCGGGCCACGGGGAUUCCAGUUCUGCUGUCAGACCAUGGAGAAGCCAGCAGUUACUGCUGUCAAAAGCCUGCUCCUCUCAACAGCUGUAAAUAAAAAUAAAGACACCCCUUUACUUACA